AUGAAGGCUGCCUAUUUUCUAGUUUUCUUUUUUCUCUUCUCUUCCUCAUCUUUCUCUUCUGCUCUAACUGAUGCUGAAGCGUCCUUCAUUGCCCGUCGCCAGCUCCUACAUUUUCACGCAAGCUAUGACCUGCGCAGCGACCAUGAAUAUGAAGUUGAGUUGAACUUAAAGUUUCCACAUCCCAGGCUUAGAAGUGCAUACGUUGCACUUCAAGCUUGGAAAAAGGCCAUAUACUCAGACCCUCUUAAAACUACUGAGAACUGGGUUGGUGCUAAUGUUUGUGCUUACACUGGAGUAUUUUGUGCCCCGGCUCUUGAUGACCCACAGUUAGAGGUUGUGGCUGGCAUUGACAUCAACCAUGCAGACAUUGCAGGGUACCUUCCUGUUGAAUUAGGCAUGUUGAGUGACAUUGCCGUGUUCCACAUCAACACGAACAGGUUCUGUGGUAUCAUCCCUAAGAGCUUUGCUAGGCUAACUCUUCUCCACGAGCUCGACGUUAGCAACAACCGCUUUGUGGGAUCGUUCCCAGAGGUGGUCCUGCAAAUUCCAAACCUCAAGUACCUUGACCUUAGGUUCAAUGACUUUGAGGGGAAAUUGCCUCCUGAGCUCUUCAACAAGGAAUUGGAUGCCCUGUUCCUGAACAACAACAGGUUCACAUCCACCAUCCCUAACACUCUUGGCAACUCCCCCAUCUCUGUUCUUGUGGUCGCAAACAAUCAUCUAGAGGGCUGCAUCCCUAAUAGCAUUGGAAAAAUGGUAAACAAUUUAAAUGAGGCCAUCUUUUCCCACAACAAGUUUGCUGGGUGUUUGCCUCCUGAAAUUGGGUACCUCUCAAACGUGACUGUGUUUGAUGUUAGUUCAAACACAUUGAGUGGGCUCCUGUCCAAGACUUUCAAAGGCCUUGAGAAGGUGGAGGAGUUGAACAUUGCACACAACAUGCUAACUGGGUUUGUUCCCGAGAGUCUAUGCAAGUUACCUAGCUUGGGAAAUUUUACGUUUUCCUACAACUACUUCAACGGCGAGGAUCAAGAAUGUGUGCCAUCUUCUCGGAUGGACACACUGUUUGAUGACACAAGCAACUGCUUACCAUAUAGGCCUAAGCAGAAGUCAGCAAAACAAUGUCAAGUUGUGGUGAACAAGCCAGUGGAUUGUGGCAGGGCAAAGUGCGGAGGUGGACCAGGACCUUCAAAACCUUCUUCUCUUGCACCCAAUGAGGAGCCACCCAAACAACAGCCUUCUAAAGAGGAACCACCCAAACAACAACAGCCUCAAGAAGAAACUCCCACACUAGAGCCACAAUUACCUAAACCAAAGCUAUCUCCGGAGCCAGUUCCAGAGACUCCAGAACCAGUUGCUAGCCCCCCUCAAGUAGUUGUAGCACCAUCAUCACCCCCACCCACACCCACACCCACACCCACAAGGCAAAGUCCUAUUAUUCUAGUUCGCCCUCACUCACCACCAAUUCACUCUUCACCACCACCAGUCAACUCAUCCCCACCACAUGUCCACUUUCCUCCACCACCCGUAGCAACACCGUCAUCGCCCACACCCACACGACAAAGUCCCAUUGUUCCAAUUCGACCCGACUCACCACCACCUCCAGUCAACUCACCCCCACCACCUGUCCACUCUACUCCACCACCUGUCCACUCUACUCCACCACCCAAAGCAACAUCGCCAUCUCCUGCACCCACACGACAAAGUCCUAUUGUUCCAAUUCACCCCGACUCUCCACCACCCCCAAUCAACUCACCCCCACCACCUAUCCACUCUCCUCCACCAUCCGUAAUAACACCACCAUCGCCAGCACCCAUAGGGCAAAGUCCCAUUGUUCCAAUUCGACCUGACUCACUGCCACCCCCAAUCAACUCCCUUCCACCACCACCUGUAGCAACAUCACCAUCUCCAGCACCCACAGGGCAAAGUCCUACUAUCCCUCACUCACCACCUGUGAACUCAUCCCAACCACCAGUCCACUUUCCUCCACUGCCGGCUUCACCCACAAGGCAAAGUCCUAUUGUUCCAGUUCACUCUCCUCCACCCCUAGUCUACUCACCACAACCAUCAUCAAUUCACUCUCCUCCACCACUAAUCAACUCUCCACCACCACCACCACCAAUCCACUCGCCCCCAUCACCAGUCCACUCGCCUCCUCUACUGGUCCACUCUCCACCACCACCUGUCCACUCACCUCCUCCACCAAUUCACUCUCCACCACCACCAGUCAACUCACCCCCUCCACCAGUCAACUCACCCCCCUCCACCAGUCCACUCACCUCCUCCACCAGUGCAUUCACCCCCACCACUAGUCCACUCUCCUCCACCCCCAGUCCACUAUCCUCCACCCCCAGUCAACUCACCCCUACAUCCAAUCCAAUCUCCACCUCCCUCAGUCCACUCUCCUCCACCACCAGUCCACUCUCCACCGCCCUCAGUCCACUCUCCUCCACCCCCACCGCCAGUUCACUCACCUCCUCCACCAGUGCAUUCACCCCCACCACCAGUCCACUCUCCUCCACCCCCAGUCAACUUACCCCCACCGCCAGUCCAAUCUCCACCUCCCCCAGUCCACUCUCCUCCACCACCAGUCAACUCACCCCCACCACCAAUCCAUUCUCCACCACACACAGUCCACUCUCCUUCAUCCCCAGUCCACUCUUCUCCACCCUCAGUCAACUCACCCCCACCGCCAGUUCACUCGCCUUCUCCACCAGUGCAUUCACCCCCACCACCAGUCCACUCUCCACCACCACCAGUCCACUCUCCUCCACCCCCAGUCAACUCACCCCCACCACCAGUCCACUCUCCACCACCCCCAGUCCACUCUCCUCCACCCCCAGUCAACUCACCCCCCACCGCCAAUCCAAUCUCCACCUUCCCCAGUCCACUCUCCUCCACCACCAGUCAACUCACCCCCACCACUAG